AAACAACCGCAAAAUAAAAACCUCAAUUUUUUCUUACAAACACGAAGAAUCCUCCAGAUCCAUGAAUGCAUAACACACUCACAUACCAAUUACUGUACACACGCGUUUAUUAUUGCCUACGCAACCUCUCUUACAUCCAAUCCAUUGAUCCCCUUCAAUUCCCCCAUAUUUUGUUCCAAUUGCAAUCACACAUUGCAACAAUACCUUCCUUAAACCCUAAUUUUUUCAAUUCGUACGCUGAGGAACUUGAAAUUGUUUGAACAAUUGAUAAUUUGACCGAUGAUUGUUGUUAGAUGAUCUGGAAGAACCCUAGCUUAUAAUGUCGUGGGGAUUAGGGUGGAAGCGACCAUCUGAUGUGUUUCAUUUGUCUCUGUAUUAUGGUUCUGAUGAAGCACUAGAUGAUCAGUCACGUUCAUCUUCACCACCACCACCACAGGUAUCAUCGGGAUCAUCGUCUGCCAUUGCCACAAGACACGGUUGUGAUCAUCGGGAUAAUAAUAAUGAUCAAGAAUUAGGGUUUCGGAUCGAUCUGGAAUGGAACGUAGGAGAUGACGAAGAUCAGGUCACUUUGAAGCUUCAGUCUCAGGUUAUGGUGGCGUUGCCAUUGCCACAAGACACGGUUGUGAUCCGGUUGCUUGAGUGUGAUGAUGAUAGACCUGGUGAGGAGGUUGACGAGUCACCGGAAAGGAAUGGGGGUGGAAAUGUGGUGGCUGUGGAGAUGAAGGUUGUGAAGCAGAGGGAACCACUUAGGGGGUUGGCUAUGUCACGAGUUGGGGUGUCGGCUCCGCAGAACGAUGGGACGGGCGUCCUUGUUAAGAUGUUGAAGUCGGAUUUUGCUGCGGAUUCGGGUCAUGCUGAGGGGCCGCGGGUGGAGUCUUGUCCUGAUCAUUGGAUGAAUGUUACCGUUGUCAGUCUUUACAACUGUGGGUUGUUAACGUUUCCAGUAGAGUUGACCAAACUGCCGCUUCUUGAAAAGCUAUUCCUUGAUAACAAUAAGUUAACGGUUUUGCCACCUGAGCUUGGUGUUCUGAAAAACCUGAAAGUGCUCACAGCUGACUACAAUAUGUUAGUUUCUGUACCAGUGGAACUGAGGCAGUGUGUUGGACUUGUGGAAUUAUCACUUGAACAUAAUAAGCUAAUUCGUCCUCUUCUUGAUUUCAGGGCCAUGGCUGAAUUACGCAUUCUUAGGCUAUUUGGUAAUCCACUUGAAUUUCUACCUGAAAUUUUGCCUUUGCAUCAACUCCGCCACCUCUCUCUUGCAAAUAUUCGUAUCGUGGCAGAUGAUUAUCUUAGAUCAGUCAAUGUUCAGAUUGAGAUGGAGAACAGUUCUUACUUUGUUGCAUCAAGGCACAAACUGAGUGCAUUUCUCUCUCUUAUAUUUCGUUUCUCUUCAUGUCACCAUCCUUUACUAGCAUCCGCUUUAGCGAAGAUGAUGCAGGAUGAAGGAAACCGUGUAGUUAUUGGUAAAGAUGAAAACGCUAUCAGACAGCUCAUAAGCAUGAUAAGCAGUGAAGACCAACAUGUGGUUGUGGAGGCUUGCUCUGCACUUACUUCUCUUGCCUCAGAUGUAUCUGUGGCACUUCAAUUGAUGAAAUGUGACAUCAUGCAACCCAUUAAAAGAGUACUUACAUCUGUUGGCACUCAAGAACUGAAAUCGGUUUUGCAAGUUGUGGGCAAGUUGGGUUUCGUCUCUGAUACAGUGGCCCAAAAAAUGCUUAGCAAGGAUGUGAUGAAAUCGUUAAAAGUAUUAUGUGCUCAUAAGGAUCCGGAGGUACAAAGGUUAGCUUUAAUAGCAGUUGGGAAUUUAGCUUUUUGUCUGGAGAAUCGGCGAGUCCUUGUUGCUUCUGAAAGUUUAAGAGAUCUUCUUUUGAGGCUUACACUUUCAUCUGAGCAACGUGUGAGCAAAUCUGCAGCUCGUGCUCUAGCAAUUCUUGGGGAGAAUGAGAAUCUAAGACGUGCUAUCAAAGGAAGGCAGGUCCCAAAGCAAGGAUUAAGGAUACUUGCGAUGGAUGGUGGCGGGAUGAAAGGCCUUGCCACUGUUAGGAUUCUUAAGGAAAUUGAAAAUGGUACCGGGAAACGGAUACAUGAGAUGUUUGACCUAAUAUGCGGCACAUCAACUGGCGGCAUGCUGGCGGUUGCUCUUGGAAUAAAGCUAAUGUCUUUGGAACAAUGUGAAGAUAUAUACAAAAAUCUUGGAAAACUUGUUUUCGCUGAACCUGUUCCUAAGGAUAACGAAGCAGCAACUUGGAGAGAAAAGUUGGACCAGCUUUACAAGAGCUCGUCACAAAGUUUUCGAGUCGUCGUGCAUGGGUCUAAACACAGUGCCGAUCAGUUUGAGCGGUUGUUAAAGGAGAUGUGUGCUGACGAGGAUGGAGAUUUGCUAAUAGAUUCAUCGGUAAAACGGAUUCCCAAAGUUUUUGUGGUAUCAACAUUAGUCAAUGUGGCACCAGCACAGCCAUUUAUAUUUCGUAAUUAUCAGUAUCCAGCUGGCACACCAGAAGUCCCUUUGAUGAUGUCAGAAAAUGUUUCUACGAAUGGACCAGGAACAGCAACUACUGGUGCUCAAGUUGGGUAUAAAAGGAGUGCUUAUAUGGGAAGUUGUAGACAUGAUUUAUGGCAAGCUAUAAGAGCAUCGUCAGCAGCUCCGUAUUAUCUUGAUGAUUACUCUGAUGGUGUUCUUCGCUGGCAAGAUGGUGCUAUUGUUGCAAAUAACCCUACUAUAUUCGCAAUACGAGAAGCUCAGCUUCUAUGGCCCGAUGCAAAAAUUGACACUUUGGUUUCGGUUGGUUGCUGUUCUGUUCCAACAAAGGCUCGUAAAGGUGGAUGGCGUUAUUUGGACACUGGUCAAGUGUUGAUUGAGAGUGCAUGCUCAGUUGAACGGGUUGAAGAAGCAUUGAGCACAUUGUUACCGAUGGUUCCUGAAAUAAACUAUUUCCGGUUCAAUCCAGUUGAUGAUCGGUGUGAUAUGGAGUUGGAUGAAACGGACCCCACAGUCUGGCUAAAGUUAGAGGCAGCAACAGAUGAGUAUAUCCAGAAUAAUUCUCCUGCGUUUAAAAAGGUCUGUGAGAGAUUGCUUCUGAACCAUAGUGACGAAAAGCUACUGGAUAAUCUCAACUCUCAGCAGUUUCUCAAGGCCAACGGGCCCAAUACAGGUGAAAACAGUCCAUCUUUAGGGUGGAGACGUAAUGUUUUACUAGUGGAAGCUUCUCACAAUCCAGAUUCUGGAAGAGUUUAUAACCAUGCGCGUUCACUACAAACAUUCUGUUCUGAUCACAAUAUAAGAUUAUCACUUCUGAAUGCUGCAUCGAGACCACUUACUAAUAAUAAGCCCGACCCAGGGACGUCUUUCCCAACACCCUUCACAUCACCAUUAUUCACCGGUAGCUUUCCAUCAAGCCCACUUCUUUACAGUCCUGAUCUUGGGCUUCAUAGGGUUGGCAGAAUUGAAACAGUACCACAUUUAAGCCUUGAUGGAUUCCAUUCCGGAAGAACUUCUUCUCCUCCGGAUUCACCAACAGUACCCAGACAGCUGUCGGCUCCUGUUCGAUUAUUACACGAAAAGUUGCAGAAUUCACCACAAGUUGGAGUUGUACACUUGGCUCUCCAAAAUGAUACCACCGGUUCAAUUUUAAGUUGGCAAAAUGAUGUAUUUGUAGUGGCGGAACCAGGAGAAUUGGCUGAGAAGUUUCUACAGAGUGUCAAAUAUAGUCUGCUAUCGUUGUUAAAAGGCCGACGUAGAAAGUACACGUCAGCAAUUACCAACAUCUCUAGCGUUUCUGAUUUGGUUGCAUGUCGGCCUUAUUUUCAAAUAGGCGGUGUCGUACAUCGUUAUAUAGGACGCCAGACCCAAGUGAUGGAAGACGACCAAGAAAUCGGGGCCUACAUGUUCCGUAGGACAGUUCCUUCUAUGCACUUAACUCCUGAAGACGUGCGUUGGAUGGUUGGUGCUUGGAGGGAUAGGAUAAUAAUAUGCACAUGUUUAUACGGUCCUUCACCGGCUCUAAUAAAGGCAUUCCUAGACUCUGGUGCUAAAGCCGUCAUAUGUCCAUCAUCAGAACCCCAAGAAAUGCAGUUGACCACGUUUAAUGGGUCAACUGACUUCAACGAUCUGGAAAACGGGAAGUUUGAAAUUGGGGUAGAUGAAGGAGACGAUGAAUAUACAGAACCUGCCAGCCCAGCAAGCGACUGGGAAGAUAGUGAGACCGAUAAAAACACUGAUAAAGGGAUGUUAGUUUGGGAUGAUGACGAAGAUGAACUGUCAAGAUUCGUGUGCCAGCUGUACGAUUUGAUAUUUAUGAGUGGAGCUCGAGUUAAUGUUGCUUUACAACAAGCUCUUGCAUCUCACCCGAGCAUACGGUAUUCAUGUCAUUUCCCUGCUGUACCUUAACCUUGUAAUACAAAUACAAGACAUAAGUUUAGAAAAAAGAAGAUUACACAACAGGAACUAUAUAGAUAAAAGGAUUGGCCAUGAGAUUUUCAAAGAGACUGUUUUUGUGGCUCUGAGUAUGUAGAGAAUAGAAUAAUGAAGAGGUACACUGCAAUUUUGAGGGUUAUAAUUAUACUGAAGAUGUUAGUUGUAAACUUAUAUACUCAUCUUGUUUAUAUACACCUUUAAAGGUGUAUUUUCUUUAAGAUAGUAAUACCCCAUGCAUAAUGAAUUGUACUUGAUGUUUA